AAAAAUAUAACCUAAUUUUUGGUAAAGGAAAGUAGGUAAAGUAAAAUAUCACAGUAAAAUAUUUUUGUAAUCUCGCUCGUACAACUGCAAAUUAAAUUUAUAUGAGCAAUACAUUAGAACUAUGCCGAUAGACAGAUAGAAGAGAAACUGAUAAAAUGUUUCGGGUUUUAAAUAUAGCUAGAGUCACCCCAGUGUUUGUAUUUCCUUUAAUGGAAGACCGUAACAAAUACGAUGGUGACAAUUUAAAUAGGAAACCGAAAAAAGAAAUAAAUACCGGCUAUGAUAGACUCAAGGAAAUGUACACAAGGAAUGAGUAUUUGGAAGCAUCCGUAGAACUGUACAAUGUUGUCCAAGCUACCUUCACUGGCGCAUUUAUUGGAGCGUGUAUGGGAGGAUUUGUGCGGUCACGGGAGGCCUACCUAUAUUUCAUUGAAAACAAUCAAGCAACAAUUUUCACAUCAACUAUGGAAGCAAAGAAAAAGCUACAGGAUUAUGUGACAGUGGCGUUUGCUAAAGGUGCUACCUACUGGGGUUGGAGAUUAGCUUUGUUUACUGGAAUCUUCAGUUUAGUUUCAACUACAAUAUCAGUGUAUCGGGGUGAGACAUCUGUGAUAGAGUACACAGUUGCCGGGGCAAUAACUGGCGGGCUAUACCGAGCCAACCUUGGAUUAGCUGCUACCUGUGUUGGGGCUGGAUUAGGUGGUGUCUUGAGUUCAUUUGGUGGCCUCGCUAUUGUGUUGCUCCUUAAGAUUACUGGCGUGACUAUGGAAGAUAUAAGAUGUGCAUUGCACACUAUUAAAGAAGCCAGGGAGGAUCAAUUUAACCAAGCUGUAGAAAAGGCGGCGACUAUCAAAAAUGAUGACUUGACAAUCCAGCAUGAUCUACUGGUGCAAGAAAAAGGGGAGAAGAAAAUUGAGGAUAUUUAAAUUAAUAAUUUACGUUUGUUUUUGUGCAAUAGAGACAUUACGGUCACAUUGUAUGAUGUAGUACAAUACAGUACGUAGUAUUGUUGUGUACAUAGUGCCUAUUUACUUCAUGUGACCAGAACUCUACCACCAUCUCUAAGUGAUGCAGUUUCUAUUCAAUCUGUCAUAAUAACAUUGUAUGAAUUGAAUAGUAUUGUAUUUGUGUCCAUUAUGAGAGAACCAAUCCAUAUCAAAUAGAUAAUCAAUGUCAGAGCGAACAGCCCGCCUUAAGAGAAAAGGGGAUACUUGAUAUAAGGGGUGUUGCAAAAAGGAUAUACUAACCCGAAACCUACAUGUGCAGCAUGGUAUAUCUCAGCCCAAAACUGAAAUGAGAAUUUCAAAAUUCGCGAAAAAAAAUAUCAUUUUCUAUAGAAACUAUGUCGGUUACGUGACUUUUUACUAUGGCUUAGAUAUACCAUGCUGCACAUGUAGGUUUCGGCUUAGUAUACCCUUGUAUUUAUAGUGACCUCAAGAUACAGAGCCCAUUGGCCAUAACUCGACAGGCACUAUACCUUCAGUCAGAGCGAACAAACACACUCGGGCCAAAGUAUACUUACAAUAUUUAUGAGUCACUGAUAGAAGAACGCUGAUUCAUAUAAAUAUGUAGUUUUCAGGGCCGGAUCUGAGAAACCUAUACUUAGAGUUGGUGGUGCAUAGAAGGAGUUUACAAAAAAGUAAAUCUGUGCAACAAAUAUGAUAUGAUAUUUAUGAGUAUGUAAAUAUAGCGAUAGAGUGUUAAUAUUAAAACAAUUUAUGUAUACAA